UGUAGGCAAAGUCGCGCGGUGCAGCAGCGGGUAGGAGCUUCGUGGAGGCGAAGAGGAGAGUGUGGUGCUCCCCUCGCCCGCCGUGACCCAGCGCAGAAGCGCGCGGAGAGCCGCUCCAAGCGCUCCCACCGUGUCUCCUACCCUACAGUAGGGUAGCUCCAAGCGCUCCGACCGUGUCUCCUACCCUACAGCAACUGCUCGGGAGACCUUGGCGGCUGCUCUCUUCGACCGUACUGUAGGGUCCGAAGCUCCGGUUCCGGACGGGGCGCCCGUUGUGAAUCUCACUCACACGGCUUCUUAGAAAUACGGAGCAAGCGCAGCCAUGCGCAAAAUAGACAGCUCCUUUUGAUCAGCCCAAGGCAAGGAGCAACCCCCGCCUGCCCGCCCCCGUUGCGGGGCAGAGCAAAAUGGUUCUGAAGUGAACAAAAUAACUUCUCUCCUCAACAGAAAGUGUGCGCUUUGUACUUAAAUCUCUGCUGAUCUUAACACUUUGCUUCGGGUUCCUUUGCUUUUCCUUUCCUCCCCCCCCCCGCCCACCUUUUUUUGGACGGGCUGCUCCGGAGAUGUUGAGGGGCUCCUGAGAAGAAGCCUGCUGGAGAGCAAGAAAGACAAUGCUCGUUUGCUCCUGCCUCCAGCCCUGGACAAGGGUGGACCUAAAAGUUGGGAGCUGGUAACUGGUGUUAAGUACAAGCAGGAACGGCUCUCCUUUGUUUCCUCAAGACUCGACCUGCUCCGAUCUUCCAGCGAUGGCAACAGAAGUGGUGUGUGGAUUGAUCUUCAGACUACUACUCCCCAUCUGUCUAGUCACUGCAUGUGCAUUUCGCUACAAUGGGCUCUCGUUUGUCUACCUCAUCUACCUCCUGCUCAUCCCUCUCUUUUCUGAACCUACAAAAACAACAAUGAAAGGGCACACAGGACGGUUACUAAAAUCUCUUUGUUUCAUGAGUCUAACAUUUCUGCUUCUGCACAUCAUCUUUCAAAUCAUAAUAGCCAGCCUCGAAGCUAGACAAAUCAUUGAACCUGAACCUGGUUAUCGCUGUGUUCCAUGGGAAAAAGUACUACGACAGAUUGGAUUUGAAAGUGUCAAAGGUGCAGAUGCUGGCAACGGGAUCAGAAUUUUAAUUCCUGAUAUUGGUAUGUUUAUUGCCAGUCUGACCAUAUGGCUUGUCUGCAGGAACAUAGUUCAAAAACAAGCGCAAGAGGAUGCAGGACAGUACAAUGUACAGUUUGAAAAUGAAGACAUGAAUGAAGGAGAGAGAUUAGAGGCAGAUGAUGCGUUAAUAUAUGAGGAUUUGGAUGAUGCAGUAUGUGGGGAAGAGGAAUCUGAAGAAACCACAAAAUUAAAACUGCUGCGUAGAAUUGCCUCAAUAGCUUCCAAAGUGAAGGAGCUUAUUGGCAACAUUAUGACCACAGCUGGAAAAGUUGUUGUUACAAUUUUACUUGGUUCAACAGGAAUGAUGUUGCCAUCGCUGACUUCAGCUGUGUAUUUCUUUCUAUUCUUGGGAUUGUGUACUUGGUGGUCCUGUUGUCGAGCACUUGAUCCACUGAUAUUCAGCUGUCUCUGUGUAUUAAUGGCUAUAUUCAGCGCAGGGCAUUUAAUUGGACUUUACCUAUAUCAGCUGCAGUACUUUCAGGAAAUAAUUCCACCAGAUGAUUUUUAUGCCAGGUUGUUUGGUGUCACUUCAGUGGUUCAGACCAACUGCACAAGCACUUGGAAAAUCAUAACCAACCCAGGCUUGGACUGGCAUCACUAUACUAGCCCCAUUUUGCUGUUACUGCUGUACUACACUCUAGCAACUCUCAUUCGAUUUUGGCUACAUGAACCUAUUGUACAGCAUGCACCUGAUGACAAACCUGGUCAUGAGGGAGAAGAAACAGAUUUCAACCCAGUCUCAAUGACUGCAGAGAGAAGGCGCAGCUUGUGGCAUACAAGCCACUACCCAACUGAUGAAAGAAAGCUUCUGCCAUUGACUCAAGAUGACAAGUCAUGUGAUGUCCUGUUGGUGACAGUGAAUGGCACACCUGUUGAUAUUGGGAGCAUACACCCUAUGCGAUGUAUAGAGAAUGGUCCAGCCAGGGCUGAGGUAUACUCAAGACCACAGUACAAAUGGGACCCAACAGUUGAUGACUUAGAAAAGAAAGAAGAGGAGGAGGAGGAGGAGGAGGAAGAGGAGGAAGAAGAAGAAAAUAUCAAGGAAGGAAAAAAUGCCAAAAUGCAUGCAAUGGUUUCAGUUUUCCAGUUUAUCAUGAAACAAAGUUACGUUUGUGCUUUGAUUUCCAUGAUGGCCUGGAGUAUUACUUUUCAUAGCUGGUUAACAUUUGUGUUGCUGAUAUGGUCCUGCAUACUUUGGAUGCUACGUGACCGAAGGAAAUAUGCUAUGAUCAGUUCACCUUUUAUGGUGGUCUAUGGAAAUCUGUUGUUAACUUUGCAAUAUAUAUGGAGUAUUGAUCUGAGACACAAUGAACUUCCUGAGCUUUGGGGAUUUGUAGAACGGAAAGCUCCUAAAGAAUUAGCAUCAAAGAUUGUUUUUGGUAUUACAUUCUGGCUAUUGCUUAGACAACAUCUCACUGAAAGGAAAGCUUUGCAUCUAAAGGAACCUGUUUUGUCAGAGGUCAAAGUUGGAGAAGGAGAAGAGAGUGAAGUAAAAGAAGAGGAAUCCCAAAAAGAUGAUGAAGAAUCCCAAAAAGAUGAAGAGGAAUCCCAAAAAGAUGAAGAGGAGGAAUCUGAGGAAGAUGAAGAAGAUGUAAUGAAAGUCCUAGGAAAUCUGGUGAUGGCUUUGUUCAUUAAGUACUGGAUUUACGUCUGUGGAGGAAUGUUCUUCUUUGUCAGUUUUGAGGGGAAAAUUGUCAUGUACAAAAUCAUCUAUAUGAUAUUGUUCUUGUUCUGUGUAGCCCUUUAUCAGGUACACUAUGAAUGGUGGCGGCGAAUUCUGAAAUAUUUUUGGAUGUCAGUGGUGGUUUACACUAUGCUAGUGCUUGUCUUAAUCUACACAUAUCAGUUUAAAUCAUGUCCAGCACUGUGGAAAAACAUGACUGGAAUGAAUGAGAAACAGCUACAAGAUCUUGGCUUAAAACAGUUUUCUGUAGCAGAACUGUUUACCCGCAUCUUUAUCCCAACCUCCUUUUUAUUAGUGUGUAUAUUACACCUGCAUUACUUCCAUGACCGUUUCCUCGAACUCACAGAUUUAAAGGCUAUAACCAGUAAACAGGACAGUGCCAUUUACAGCAUCAAGAAAAAAUUACCAAUCCGCCAAAAUGAACUGGUGCACCAAGAUGAAAGCCUGCCUGACAUAACAAUGUUGACAUUAAAUGCAAGCCUUGAAAAGGUGGAGGACAAAAUGUUGCUCGAACAGGACCAAAUGUUGCCCGAACAGGACCGAAUGUUGCCCGAACAGGACCAAAUGUUGCCCGAACAGGACCGAAUGUUGCCCGAACAGGACCAAAUGUUGCCCAAACAGGAGGAAGAUGGAAUGGAAAUGGAAGAGAAAGAAAAUGAGGAAGUGGGGGAUGAAAAAGAGGAGGAGGAAGGAGAGGAAGAAGAUGAGGAUGAAUCAGAAACGGAAGAUAUAUCAGAUUUAAGGAAUAAGUGGCAUUUGGUAAUUGACCGCCUCACAGUGCUUUUCUUGAAAUUCCUGGAAUGCUUUCAUAAGCUGCAAGUUUUUGUGUGGUGGCUUUUGGAGCUGCAUGUUAUCAAAAUUGUUUCAUCCUAUAUUAUCUGGGUUACAGUAAAAGAGGUUUCUCUGCUUAACUACGUGUUCUUGAUUGCCUGGGCUUUUGCUUUGCCGUAUUCUCAAUUCCGCCCGCUGGCAUCCAGUAUCUGUACUGUUUGGACCUGUGUGAUUAUCGUUUGCAAAAUGUUGUAUCAGCUUGAAUCUAUUAACACUGCAACAUUUUCUGUGAACUGCACAAUACCUAAUGUGAAUUAUAGCGAAUCGGAACAAAAAGAACUGAAUUCAUCACUUCUGUACAAUGGAACGAUUGACCCAACUGAGUGGGUUGGACUGAAAAAGAUUAAUCCUCCUUUGCUUGUGUACUUGAGGAACAAUCUUCUGAUGCUGGCAAUUCUGGCCUUUGAAGUUACUAUCUAUCGGCAUCAGGAAUACUACAGGUGUCGAAACAAUCUUACUGCACCUGAGACCAGAACCAUUUUUCAUGAUGUUACUAGAUUACAUUUGGAUGAUGGAGUAAUUAGCUGUCUUAAAUACUUCGUAAAUUACUUCUUCUACAAGUUUGGUUUGGAGGCCAGUUUCCUCUUGGCAAUAAAUGCAAUUGGGCAAAGAAUGGAUUUCUAUGCUAUGAUUCAUGCCUUAUCCUUAAUAGUUGUGUUAUAUCGACGCAGAAGAAAAGCCAUUGCAGAAAUCUGGCCAAAGUACUGCUGUUUUCUGUCAUGCAUCAUUACAUUUCAGUAUUUCAUUUGUAUUGGCAUUCCACCUGCUCCUUGUAAAGAUUACCCAUGGAGGUAUCCUAAUGCCAACUUCAAUUCUAAUAUUAUCAAGUGGUUAUACUUUCCAGAUUUUAUUAAAAGACCAAAUCCAGUUUUUCUUGUCUAUGAUUUCAUGUUACUGCUAUGUGCAUCCUUACAAAAGCAAACAUUUGAAGAUGAGAACAAAGCUGCUGUACGUAUCAUGGCUGGAGACAAUGUGGAGAUUUGUAUGAACCUUGAUGCAGCAUCAUUUAGCCAACACAAUCCUGUUCCUGACUUUAUGCAUUGCCGAUCUUAUCUAGAUAUGGGUAAAGUGAUAACCUUCAGUUAUCUUUUCUGGUUUGUCCUGACCAUCAUCUUUAUCACGGGAACCACUCGAAUCAGUAUAUUUUGUAUGGGCUACUUGGUGGCCUGUUUCUAUUUCCUGCUCUUUGGAGGAGAUCUGUUACUCAAACCUAUCAGAAGCAUUCUUCACUAUUGGGACUGGCUGAUAGCAUAUAAUGUCUUUGUGAUUACUAUGAAAAAUAUAUUGUCGAUAGGAGCAUGUGGCUAUGUCCAUUCAUUAAUGAAGAACAAUUGUUGGGUAAUUCAGACAUUUAGCCUGUCCUGUACCGUCAAAGGUUAUGACAUUCCUGAAGAUACAGACUACUGUAAAUUACCCAGUGGUGAAGCAGGAAUUAUCUGGGACAGCAUUUGUUUUGCCUUCCUAUUGCUGCAAAGAAGAGUGUUUAUGAGUUACUAUUAUCUGCAUGUGGUUGCAGAUAUUAAAGCCUCACAGAUUCUGGCAUCCAGAGGUGCUGAGCUUUUCCAGGCCACAAUUGUGAAGGCUGUAAAGGCAAGACUUGAGGAAGAGAAAAAGUCAAUGGAUCAACUGAAGAGACAAAUGGACCGUAUCAAAGCCAGGCAACAAAAAUAUAAAAAGGGGAAAGAGAAGAUGAUGAGCAUGAACCAAGAAUCAUCAGAUGGGCAAGCAAUUCAGAAGGUUGCUGAAGAAGAAGAUGAUGAUGAUGGAGAAGCAGACAAAGAGAAAGCCAAGGGCAAAAAAAAGCAGUGGUGGCGGCCUUGGGUUGAUCAUGCUUCCAUGGUCAGAAGUGGAGAUUAUUAUUUGUUUGAGACGGACAGUGAAGAAGAGGAAGAGGAAGGGAAAAGGGAAGAGGAGGAGCCUCCAAGAAGAUCUGCGUUCCAGAGAGCUAUUGCGAAAUUUGCUUCCGCCAUUUUAGCCUUGCCAAAGUCAGUUAUUAAACUGCCCAAAACUAUUCUUCAGUAUUUAAUCAGAGCUGCAAAGUUUGUUUACCAGGCCUGGAUUACUGAUCCUAAAACUGCCCUCCGACAAAGGCGCAAAGAGAAGAAAAAGUAUGGAAAAGAAGGGAGACGAAGGAAGAAAGAAUCUGAUGAUGUUGGUAUAGAUGUGGAGUGUGAAGGAGAGGAACCUGUGAAAAAGAAAUCCUCAGAUGGACCUGGUAAGCGAAGAAGCAAGAAAGAUAACAUUAUCAAAAGAAUAUACAAUAUUUUGAAGUUCACCUGGGUUCUUUUUCUGGCAACAAUAGAUAGUUUUACAGCUUGGCUAAAUUCAAUGUCAAGAGAACACAUUGAUAUUUCCACUGUGCUGAGAAUGGAGCGAUGCAUGCUUACUAGAGAAAUCAAGAAGGGGAAUGUUCCAACUCGAGAAAGUAUCCAUAUGUACUACCAGAACCAUAUGAUGAAACUUUCUAGGGAAUCUGGACUGGAUGAAAUUUAUGAACCUGGACAAGCGGAAAGAACAGCAAGUAUGGAAUCAGCAGCUUCUCGUGAUAGUGAAUCCAGCUGCUGCACUGAAGCAACCACACUAUUGUUGUCAAGGCAGUCAACUCUUGAUGAUUUAGAUGGACCAGACCCUAUUCCUAAAACAAGUGAGCGUGCACGACCUAGACUUCGUAAAAUGUACAACAUGGAUAUGUCCUCAUCAUCUGCUGACAGUGGUAGUAUAGUAUCAAGUGAAGCUACCCAAAUCACCAUGCUGUAUUCUCGCCAAGGGACAGCAGAAACCAUUGAAGAAGUUGAAGGGGAGGAACACGAAGAAGGAGCGGACAUGGCAUCAAGACAGGAGCAUGAUAUGGAAGAUUACUGUAUGGAUUCCGAAGGGGCUGCAUACACUUCUGAUACAGAUAUGCCAUCCUAUUCUGCUCUGGAUGGCAUUGCUGAACCACCUCCUUCAUACAGCAAGGCUGUGAGCUUGGAGCUUUUUCCCUUAGAGGGUUCCCAAGAUGGCUCCUCUGACAAAAACCUUAUGAUGGUGAGCCCAGAUGAAAAUCAGUCUGAAAAAUCAGGAGAUCUUAUACUCCCUCCUUUGACACAUGAGCUGACUGCAAGUGAACUGCUUCUCAACAAAAUGUUCCAAGAUGAAGAACUAGAAGAGUCCGAAAAGUUCUACUCUACCCAACCUCGCUUUUUGCUACUUGUUUAUGCUCUAUAUAAUACCCUUGUAGCCCGUUCAGAAAUGGUGUGUUACUUUGUAAUUAUUCUUAAUCACAUGGUCUCUGCCUCCAUGAUUACCCUUGUACUUCCCAUCCUUAUCUUCCUUUGGGCCAUGCUCUCCGUCCCAAGGCCUAGCAAGCGUUUUUGGAUGACAGCUAUUGUCUACACAGAGGUGACAAUCGUGAUCAAGUAUUUCUUCCAGUUUGGUUUCUUCCCUUGGAAUAAUAAUAAACAAGUAGAAAUUUAUGAACAAAAGCCAUUCCAUCCUCCUAAUAUUAUUGGUGUUGAGAAGAAGGAGGGUUAUGUACAUUAUGAUCUUGUUCAGCUACUUGCCUUGUUUUUCCACCGAUCCAUUUUAAAGUGUCAUGGAUUGUGGGAUGAGGAUGAUGGAGGAGAAAAUUUCAGUAAAGAUGAUUCUGAUGAUGAGUUGGAUGAAUUAGACAGAAAAGGUUCUCCUUUUGAUUUGACAUCGGUGAAUUUGGAUGCAUCUGUUGAAUCCAUUCAUGUCCAUUUCCCUGAGCAGCAGACUGCCAUCCGUAGGAAAAGUUCAAGCAGUGGCUCACAGCUCUCACACAGAUCCAGCUUUUCUUCACAUCCUUCAAAAAGAGGAAGUACCAGCACACGGAACAGCAGUCAAAAAGGAAGCAGUGUGGUGAGCAUAAAACGAAAAUCAAGGAAAGAGCUUCUUAUGGAAAAGCUGCAAGAACAGAUGAUCAGAGCAAAGGCAUUUACAAUUAAAACGACACUACAAAUAUAUGUUCCCAUAAGAACAUUUUUCUACAACCUCAUCCACCCAGAUUACAGUGCUGUGACAGAUGUUUAUGUCCUGAUGUUCCUUGCAGAUACUGUGGACUUCAUCAUCAUUGUGUUUGGAUUCUGGGCUUUUGGGAAACACUCUGCAGCAGCAGAUAUUACUUCUUCAUUAUCAGAGGACCAAGUGCCAGGAGCAUUCUUAGUGAUGGUUUUAAUUCAAUUUGGAACCAUGGUAGUAGAUCGGGCACUGUAUCUGAGAAAGACUGUCAUGGGAAAAGUAAUCUUCCAGGUCAUCCUUGUUUUUGGUAUUCACCUUUGGAUGUUCUUUAUCUUGCCUGAUGUAACACAAAGGAAAUUUAGCCAAAAUUUAGUUGCACAACUCUGGUACUUCGUGAAAUGUAUUUAUUUUGGAUUAUCAGCAUAUCAGAUACGCUGUGGCUAUCCAACCCGUGUACUUGGCAAUUUCCUCACAAAAAGCUAUAAUUAUGUAAACCUCUUCUUAUUUCAGGGAUUCCGCCUGGUACCAUUCCUCACUGAAUUGAGAGCAGUCAUGGACUGGGUUUGGACAGAUACCACAUUGAGUCUUUCUAGCUGGAUCUGCGUUGAAGACAUUUAUGCUCAUAUAUUCAUCCUAAAGUGUUGGAGAGAGUCUGAAAAAAGAUAUCCCCAGCCAAGGGGCCAGAAGAAAAAGAAAGUUGUGAAAUAUGGAAUGGGUGGCAUGAUUGUCGUCUUGCUCAUUUGUAUAGUAUGGUUCCCGCUGCUCUUCAUGUCUCUAAUCAAAUCUGUUGCAGGCGUCACUAAUAAGCCCCUUGAUGUAUCCAUCAAAAUAACCUUAGGAGGUUAUCAGCCUAUCUUUACCAUGAGUGCUCAGCAGAAUCAACUCAAAAAUAUGACACCUCUGCAGUACAAAAACUUCCAGAAGAGUUUUCAGAAUAAUCCUGCUGCUGUACCAAUUCUAGAGAACUAUGCUAUAGAAGACAUAACAGUUGCACAACUAGAAGGGAGUUCAAAUUCCUUGUGGACCAUUAGCCCUCCCAGCAAAAAGAAAAUGAUUGCCCAACUCGAGACUGAUGAUGACUUUUCUGUAGUUGUUUCAUGGAGUGUUCAAAGAAACCUCUCCCUUGGAGCAAAAGCAGAAAUAGCAUCAGAUAAAAUGUCUAUCAGCCUACCACUCUCUAAGAGACGAGGAAUUGCUGCAAUGAUGAGCAAUCCAGAUGAACAUAAAAGUGUGAUAAUAGAUAAUGUGUACCCACAUUACAUCAAGGCACCUAGUGAUUCUGUGGCAAAACCCUUUAAGCAGUUCUUUACAGGUGAUGUGACAGGUAAAAGCAUUAGUGUUGCACUGUCCAAGAAUGGGAACAGCAGUGAAUGGUGGAUUCUGAACCAGAGUGACAAAAUACUAGAAGCAGAAAAACCAAGCCUGGAGCUUAUUGUAUUCAGUGACAAAGUUAGCCCUCCUAGUCUUGGAUUCUUAGCAGGCUAUGGCAUCAUGGGAUUAUAUGCUUCUGUUGUCCUGGUAAUAGGAAAAUUUGUCCGUGAAUUCUUCAGUGGGAUUUCCCACUCUAUAAUGUUUGAAGAGCUUCCCAAUGUGGAUCGGAUCUUAAAGUUGUGUACAGAUAUCUUCCUCGUGCGAGAGACUGGUGAACUAGAACUGGAGGAAGACCUAUACGCCAAACUGAUAUUCCUGUAUCGCUCACCAGAGACUAUGAUCAAAUGGACCAGAGAAAAAUCCAAUUGAUAUUGUUGGGUUUCACAUUGCAUAUCAAGAUGACUUCAUCUGAUUUUUCCUUUUUUCCUGAUUUUUCCAAAAAAGCACAAUGUACUAAGAGCUAAGCCUUUUAUAUUUGGUAGCAAAGUUGUUCAUGGAGUCUGCUUGGCUCCUUAGAAAUCCAUGCUGCCUUUCAAAUCAAGGAUGAAAAAAGCUAGUCAUUUUUAAAUGUAACUCUUCUGAGAAACUUACUUUUCAGUUGAGUGAACAAAAUAUUUUGCAUCGUUGACUGGCUAAGUUAACACCUUGGGCUUUAAUUUGCAUUCUCAAGGGGAAAUGAAGGAUACCACAGUGAAAAUUAACCUCACUUUUUUGGGAAAGACAUGUCUUGGAUUGUGCAAUAUGCUGCUUUGCAUCACUGACUAUCAAAGGACAGCAGUGGUCGGAGUUGCCUUUUUAGGAAAUCCAAGACACAGUGGGGGACCGAAGGCAACUUUAUUAUUCAUUUCUAGAAAAACCAGAGACUUUGUUCUAUUGAAGACUCUGCAGAUGAACUUCUGGAAGGGGGGAAAAAAUCAGUGACAUUACCUUUAACUGCCUUAUUUUAUUUGAACAAUUACAGGAGACAUUGAAACAUCAAUGACUUUACUCAGGAAAAUAAAAACUGUCAACGUUUAACUAAUGGAUAAAUGAUUAUGGUGAAACAUUGUGAUAUUCUGCUGGGCCAUUUUCUCCACAUAACUGCUCCCAACUAGGCAGUAUUUUUAAAAAGCCAGUUGAACUUUAUUUCUUAGAAACGUUUCAAGACUGAAUAGGGUGACCUUUUCCCUGCUUCCCAUAACAUUAUUUUCCUUAUUUUGACAUACUAAUGCAGUGAUCUGGCUUGUAUCUAAUAUUUACUUUCAGUGUUUCAGGUAUAUAAAAAUGUUUACAUAUUCAAAUUCACAUUUUUACAUUCAAGAUGGGUUUUUAAAGUUCCCAGUCAUGAGAAAAGUAUAUAUAAUGAGCUUGAAAAAAACCUUUUCUUAAAUUAUUACUAUUGAUGACACAGGCUGUUCAGCUGAGGACACUGUAGCAUGAACAUUUGGUGUUGCAAUGUAGUUUUCAUUUCAUGAUUUAGAAAAUGAAGUUUCUCAAUAACAAAAAUCACUGAAUGGGUAAGUUAAGUUAAAGGGUUAUACUGUGUAGUUUUGAUUCUGUAGUGACUUCAGAGAAAGCACAUGUUGCAAAAUCAGUAAUUUUUCCCAUGCUGGUUUACACUAAAUGAAAAAUUCCUUGUAUGAAUUAAAUAUGUCUAAGUUGUGAGACUGUCAGUAACCAUUGAAGAAUAAGCUUACCUAUUUAUUGUAUGAUGUUGUAAUAAGUCACUAGAGAAGUAGACAACACAUGGCAACUGAACAGAAAAGGUAACAGUAUAGUUACUGGCAUGUUGGUCUAGGGUUGUAUGUUCAAGUAAGACAACACAAUGUAAUGAAAUUGUUACCCACACAGUUGAUCUACUUCCAUAAAAAAAUUGCUGAUACUUUUCUGUACUGUGAAAAUUAGCACAUUUUGACACUAGGAGUUCACAUCAAAAUAAACCACUUCUACAUAUUGUACCAAUA